AUGACUGCGUCGGCCGAAGAGCAACUGGAGCCGAGGGCUGGGGACUCGGGUAGCCAGAUCUAUGCGGAGUACAAUGAAGUGGGUCAGCCCUGGAAGAAGUUUAUAUAUGUUGAACCACCUAGAAGGGUUAAGGAAGUACUUGAAGAAGAACUUUAUUUCUGGAGGGAUGAGGGUAGAAUCAAACACCCUUCAGAAGUAGCCCUGGAAGGAAUUUGGAGCUUGAAAAGGAAUUUCCCUGUGGGAGGCUUCAAGACAACAUCACAGAAUCAAAGCAGUUUGCUUUCCCAGCCUAAGUACUACUCCAGGCAUGCAGUAAUAAGAAGAUAGGUCCUUUGAAAAGCUGA